GGGGCAAGGGUCUCUGGGGGCGAGGGGGGCGCGUCGCCCUCUGCCCCCGCCGGCACCCUGGCUAUGACGGGCAAGUCGGUGAAGGACGUGGACCGGUACCAGGCUGUCCUGGCCAACCUGCUGCUGGAGGAGGAUAACAAGUUCUGCGCGGACUGCCAGUCUAAAGGUCACCUGCAUAUGAGCCCUUAAUGGAACUGGUGGAACUAGGCCAGCAGAACGUUUCAGUGCAGUGAGUGCUGGGCCAUUGAUGACUGAACGGCAGGUCUCUCCCCAGUGGAAAGCCCCAGAGAUGAGCCAAAUCUACCUUCAGCUACCUUCUGCUGUGGCCAUCCGUCAGCGGCCACGAUGGGCCUCCUGGAACAUUGGUGUGUUUAUCUGCAUUCGAUGUGCUGGAAUCCACAGGAAUCUGGGGGUGCACAUAUCCAGGGUAAAAUCAGUUAACCUCGAUCAGUGGACUCAAGAACAGAUCCAGUGCAUGCAAGAGAUGGGAAAUGGAAAAGCAAACCGACUUUAUGAAGCCUAUCUUCCUGAGACCUUUCGGCGACCUCAGAUAGACCCAGCGGUUGAGGGAUUUAUUCGAGAUAAAUAUGAGAAGAAGAAAUACAUGGACCGAAGUCUGGACAUCAAUGCCUUUAGGAAAGAAAAAGAUGACAAAUGGAAAAGAGGAAAUGAGCCAGCUACGGAGAAGAAAAUGGAACCUGUUGUUUUUGAGAAAGUGAAAAUGCCACAGAAAAAGGAAGAUGCACAGCUACCUCGGAAAAGCUCCCCGAAAUCCGCAGCGCCAGUCAUGGAUUUGUUGGGCCUUGAUGCUCCAGUGGCUUGCUCUAUCACAAAUAGUAAGACCAGCAAUACCCUGGAGAAGGAUUUAGACCUUUUGACCUCUGUUCCAUCUCCAUCUUCGUCAGGUUCCAGAAAGGUGGUAGGUUCCAUGCCAACCGCAGGGAGCGCCGGCUCUGUUCCUGAAAACUUGAACCUGUUUCCGGAGCCAGGGAGCAAAUCAGAGGAAGUAGGCAAGAAGCAGCUCUCUAAAGACUCCAUCCUUUCGCUGUAUGGAUCACAGACGCCUCAGAUGCCUGCCCAAGCAAUGUUCAUGGCUCCUGCUCAGAUGGCAUAUCCUGCAGCCUAUCCCAGCUUCCCAGGGGUGACACCUCCUAGCAACAUGAUGGGGAGCAUGAUGCCCCCACCAGUGGGCAUGGUAGCUCAGCCGGGAGCCUCUGGAAUGGUUGCCCCCAUGGCCAUGCCUGCAGGUUAUAUGGGCGGCAUGCAGGCGUCAAUGAUGGGUGUGCCGAAUGGGAUGAUGGCCACCCAGCAGCCUGGCUACAUGGCAGGCAUGGCAGCUAUGCCCCAGACUAUGUAUGGGGUUCAGCCUGCUCAGCAGCUGCAGUGGAAUCUUACUCAGAUGACCCAGCAGAUGGCUGGGAUGAACUUCUAUGGAGCCAAUGGCAUGAUGAAUUAUGGACAGCCAAUGAGCGGCGGAAACGGACAGGCAGCGAGUCAAACCCUCAGUCCUCAGAUGUGGAAAUAAACACAGACACCUGUAUGACUGCCAGUCUCUUCCACCCUCACUCUCCCCUCUCUCUUCUUUCCCCAUCCCCUUCUUCACCCAUCCCCCUCUCCUACCUCUAUGUUUGGUUUAGAAAUUGCUCAAUAAGUCAUUUAGGGUUUGGCAUCUUGCCCAGCCCAGCCACUUCCCAAACACUCAGACCUCUCUGUUGCUUUACGUUGUUCAUGUCUGAAGCCAUCCCAGCACCUCCCCAGCCACAGCCCUUACUCUAUCCUGCACCAGCACCUUAGAAAUCGUCAGCAGAAGGCACUGGAACUGCGGGAAAAGUGUGCACGUCUUUCAGUUCCUCCCGUGUCGGGCCCUCACGUGAGUCUGGAGAGGUGUAUGAGGCAGAGGGCCUUCUACGUGUUCAUAAGACGUCGCCACGUGCUUGAACUUUGGAUUGAAGAGGGCGGCAUUGUGUUCUCACGCUUUACAGCAAUGAAGAAACAACUGCAAUCACGUUAAACCCCUUUUGGAUCUUGGAUCAGGUUGACCCUAGCCUUGGCGCAAAGCCAGCUCCACCUUAUGAAGAUGAGCAAACAUGCUACUCUGCUUUGCUCCGAAUUGCUUUCUGGGCCUGGGGCUUUAGCAUCCCCGCUUCAGUCACCUUUAUUAGCACCAAAGACUCUGAAGGUCCUCCACAGAGACAGACCCUGGCCGCCGGCAGCAGGACCCAGCCCUUCGCAGGACCGCAGAGCUCAGUGUGUGCACUGCUCGUGUGCACAUGCGUGUGGAUCCCAUGUCCCGCCCUCCCGUUUGCUCUGGUGUUUUUGUUUCUGUUUCAGGUUUACAAAAGAGGGGAGUUAAUUUAUGAAAAGCUGAAAACUGUUGCCAGUUUUUCUUACAGUUUCAAAAUUUUGUGGUCUCACGGAUAGCUCCCUAUCUCCAUUCCCUCCUGCUCCGCCCAUGGACCUGGCGGCUCUGUUGCCCACCUUUUCCAGGUGAGGGGACAGAGCCUGGGCAGCUUCCUCCUCAGCCAUUGUUCAUUCCGUCUGAAAAGUCAAGCAAGAAAACUUUGCUUAAAAGAUGUCAUGUGUAGGAACCACAACGCCUGGUUGCCUUUCUCCUGUGUAUGUGUAAAUUUCUCAAUAAAUACUGCAGGGAAGGA